UCUUCUCAAGCAUUUCUUCUUUGUAUUACACACAGUCCAGUUAUACACUUUAAUUUUUUUUUUUUUUUUUUUUUGAGACAGCAUCUCACUCUGUCGCCCAGUCUAGAGUGUAAUGGCACAAUAUUGGCUCACUGCAACCUCCGCCUGCCAGGUUCAAGCAAUUCUUCUGCCUCAGCCUCAUGAAUAGCUGUGACUACAGGCACGUGCCACCAUGCCCAGCUAAUUUUUUGUAUGUUCAGUAGAGACAGGGUUUCACAAUGCUGGCCAGGCUGUUCUUGAACUCCUGACCUCAUGAUCCGCCCACCUCGGCCUCCCAAAGUGCUGGGAUUACAGGUGUGAGCCAUCGCACCUGGCCACUUUAAUUAUUUUUAAAUGUACAAUUAUUUUUUUACUACAGGUUAUUUUAUGAUUAUAAGUAUGUGAAUAUAAUUAUAGUUCACAUUUCUAAGUCAUGAAUGCUUUUAAAAAAGUUCCAUAUUUUGAACAUGUAGCAUCUCUCUGCAAAUAAAUGCAGACUUUGGUUUUGAUUUACAUGGAGUUAGAUAUGUAAAUGUAUUGCUCUAAAGAUAAAAUUUAUGUGUAAGAAAAUUAUGGGGCAAGCAGUUGUGUUUGUGUGAGAGUUUGUAUCUAUUUUCCAAAGAAAAUAGCAAUAUUGGAACAAAGAUUAUUUUAAUAAGGUGGAUAAUUUACUAGAAAUCUAGAAACCUAAAACAUUCUGAAAUCAAAUCUAUAUUUUCUUCUAUUACUGUAAAAUUUAAUGGAUCAUCGUUGAGACUCUCCCCAUGCAAAUUCUGUUUUUAUUUGUCUGUUACUCAUGCUAGAGCUAUAAUUCACUUCUUUCUUAUUUUUUUUAUUUUUACUUUAGUAAGUAUUAUGUAAGCUGGUCAGAAAUUAUAAUUUUAUACCUCUUUCUCAGUGACCGGGUCUUUCGCUCAGGCGCAGACGGGGAAGCGGAGCCAAUAUGCCAGUGGCCCGGAGCUGGGUUUGUCGCAAAACUUAUGUGACCCUGCGGAGACCUUUCGAGAAAUCUCGUCUCGACCAAGAGCUGAAGCUGAUCGGCGAGUAUGGGCUCCAGAAUAAACGUGAGGUCUGGAGGGUCAAAUUUACCUUGGCCAAGAUCCGCAAGGCCGCCCGGGAACUGCUGAUGCUUGAUGAGAAGGACCCACGGUGUCUGUUCGAAGGCAAUGCCCUGCUUCGGCGGCUGGUCCGCAUUGGGGUGCUGGAUGAGGGCAAGAUGAAGCUGGAUUACAUCCUGGGCCUGAAGAUAGAGGAUUUCUUAGACAGACACCUACAGACCCAGGUCUUCAAGCUGGGCUUGGCCAAGUCCAUCCACCACGCUCGCGUGCUGAUCUGCCAGCGCCAUAUCAGGGUCCACAAGCAGGUGGUGAACAUCCCGUCCUUCAUUGUCCACCUGGAUUCCCAGAAGCACAUCGACUUCUCUCUCUGCUCUCCCUAUGGGGGUGGCCGCCCGGGCCGCGUGAAGAGGAAGAACACCAAGAAGGGCCAGGGUGGGGCUGGGGCUGGAGACUACGAGGAGGAGGAUUAAGCCCACUUGUCCCUCCUGGGCUGCUGGUUUGUCUCGUUUUCCUGCCAAAUAAACAGGAUCAGCGCUUUACAAAAAAAAAAAAAAAAAAAAUGAUAAUUUUAUAAAACUUAGUAGUGCACACAAAAUUUUUAGAUGCAAGUUCACAAUUUGUGUAUUAAGUUAUAUUUUAGUUAGGACAAUUUCAUUUUAUUGCUUUAAUUGGAUAACCCUAUAUGAGCUGUUUAGUUAUUCCUUUCACUUUUUAUAAUUGACAUAAAUGAGUUUAUUUUGCCAAUUUUUUCAGGUAAGUACUGGGAAAACUUUAUAACUCAUGGGAUGUUUUGAUAUAUAAUUAUAGUAAACAUAAGAAAGUACUGGGUAGUAGAUGCUCCAUAAUUAGCCAUAAAUAUUUUCUUUCUGGAGUGAGUUUGUAGCUCCAAGUAAGAGAAUGAAAAUGUCUAUAGUGAAGAAAUGGCAGUCUGCAUGAGGAAAGAACAUCUGUUCCCAGGCUGCAAAACUGACUCAUUCUGAAUUUAAAGAGAAUCUCUGAUUUUAUUUUCUAAUUAUCUUUAGUUUUGGGAUAUCUUUAUGUGUUUAUUCCCAGCUAUGUAUGCCUCACAGCCCUUCUUCUUUGUGUUAUGGCUACAGUCUUCUCACUGUUCUCUUUGCCAUGUAAUUUCAUACAGACUUUCUACAUUCUGAUUGGAAGUUUGAAAUUUUUUAAUGUGGUAAAUUUUUAACUGGAGUGUUUCAGGUUAUUUAUAGUUUAUCAAUGCAAUGUUUAGAUCACUUAAUUGAGAUAAGUCAUUCACUGUCCUCAGGGGCAUUGGUGGGACAUGAAGUGAAACACCAGGACCUGGUUCUGGAGUUAUAGAGGGCAACUCCAGUCCCCAGUAUGGGCCCCAGCCUCUGGCACACUGGUUCAUGCCAAAAAGUACUCCUCAGGCCACGGCUACUCUGAUCAGGGCCCUUGCUGCUGUCAUUGUUGUCAUCUGUGCUUGCAAUCCCCUGGUGGUGGCUGUUCUCCAGGUGGCAGAUGACUUUGCUCCCAGCAUUCACACCUUUUUAUUCCAUCUGUGCAGGAGUACUUUAUAAUUCUGAAUGUCUUCUAAAAAUCAUUUUACUUAAGAUAGCUCAUAUAAAUGGGAUUAUAUACUCUUUGUCACUAUGUUUCUGGUGUAUUUCACUAAAUAUGUCUUAAAGUUUUAUGCUUAUUGUAGCAUGUGCAUAAUUUGCUAUCUGAAGGUACAGCCAUAUUCCAUUGCCAACAUAAGCUAUAUGUUAUCCAUUUAUCAAGAAACUUAAGUGCUCUCACCUUUUUGUGUGUAGGGGGUUGGGGAAUGCUCUUAAAAAUAUAUUUGUGCAGGCCAGGCACGGUGGCUCACUCCUGUAAUCCCAGCACUUUAGGAGGCCGAGGCGGGCGGAUCACGAGGUCAGGAGAUCGAGACCAUCCUGGCUAACACAGUGAAACCCCGUCUCUACUAAAAAUACAAAAAAUUAGCCAGGCGAGGUGGCAGGCGCCUGUAGUCCCAGCUACGCGGGAGGCUGAGGCAGGAGAAUGGCGUGAACCCCGGGGGGCGGAGCCUGCAGUGAGCCGAGAUCGCGCCACUGCGCUCCAGCCUGGGUGAAAGAGUGAGACUCCUCAAAAAAAAAAAAAAAUAUAUAUAUAUAUAUAUAUAUUUGUGCAAAUGUCUAUUCCAGGUCCUGCUUUGCAUACAUAGAUUCCCAGAAGUAGGAUUCCUGGGUUGUAUAAUUUCUCUUUUCUUUCUCUUUCUCUUCUUUUUUUUUUUUUUUUUUUUUUGAGAUUGGGUUUCACUUUGUCACCCAGGCUAGAGUGCAGUGGUGCAGUAAUGGCUCACUGCAGCCUUUACAUCCCAGGCUCAAAUGAUCCUUCAACCUCAGUCACCAAACUAGCUGAGACUUCAGGCACAUGCCAGCAUACCUGGCUAAUUUUUGUAUUUUUUGAAGAGAUGGGGUCUCACUGUGUUGCCCAGGCUGAACUCAAACUUCUGAGCCUUAGUAAUUCUCCCACUUUAGCCUCCUCAAGUGUUGAAAUCACAGGCAUGAGCCACAGUUCAUUUUUAAUAUUUUGGAAAACCUGCAUCCUACUUUUAUUGAGGGCUGCAUUAUUCUUUUCCACCAACAGUGCAUGGAGGUUCCGGAUCCUACAUACUUGACAACAUUGAUUACUUUUCAUUUGUUGAAUAGUGGCCAUGCUAGUGGGUGAGAGUUAAGAGUUCAUUGAGAUUUUGCUUUGCAUUCUUCUCAUAAGUGAUUUUGAUUGUGUUUUCUAAUUCCUCUUGGUUAUUUGCGUAGCUUCUUUUAGGAAAUGUCUUUGAGGACACUGGUCCGUUAAAAAAAUGGAGUUAUUCACCCUUGGUGAUGGUUAUGUUUCAGAAGUCAAAUGGUUGAUGGCAUUUGUACUCCACUUAGUGUUUCCCUUGAUGUGUGGAUGUGCAGAAGGUUUUGAAAGUUUGAUAUAGUACCUUUUCUAAUUCUCUUGUUGCUUCUGCUUUUAAUGUAAUAUUCAAAAAACCUGCCAAAACCAAUGUUACUAGGCUUCUCCCUAUAUUUUCUUCUAAGUGUUCAAGAGUUAUAUGUCUUUUAAGUUUUAUGUUUAGUGUAUGUAAAAUAUCUUGUUUGCAUUGAAGAGAAAGGUCCAAGUUCAUUAUCUUUCAUUUAGAUGUUGAGUUUUCUCAUACCGUUGGUUGGGGAGUCUGACCUUUUCUUCACUGUUUGGUCAUGGUAACCUGGUAAAAGAUUAUUUGGUAAUAUUUGCACAGGUUUAUUUCUGGGUUCUUUUUACUGUUACGUAUUUUUUCUCUUUAUGCCAUUACCACAUUGGUUUUAUUUUUGUAGCUUUGGACUCUGUUUUGACAUCAUGAGGUGUGGUACUUCUUUGUUCUUUUCUAAAGCUGUUGGCUAUUCAUGGUCCCUUGAGAUUACACAUGAAUUUUAGAAUUAUAUUAAAUAUCUCUGCCAAGUAACACUGGAAUUUUAAUAAGGAUGACACUGAAUUUGUGCAAUACCCAGAAAUAUUGACAGUUUAACAAUAUUACAUCUCCUGGCUGAGAAACAUGCAUUUGUGUCUGUGUUUGUGUGUUUGUGAGUGUGUGGGUUGGCAUCAGAGAUAGUGCUGAGAUGCAAGACAAAGAGUUCAAAGUGUUUCCUUGGCCUGUCUCUGGUCUCCUGCACAACUCUUAACUUAUGGAACGUAGGCUAACCACUUGAUCCUCAACUGGUUUAUCUUCUUAGGUGUAUCAUUGUCAAGUUGGUAGGACAAUAAAAAUUCCUUUCACAAUUGAACACAGUUGUCCACUUUUGGCCCAGUCUCACACCCGAAAACCCAGAAAGUUGGAAGUUAAGGAAGAUAAAUUCUCCAUGGUAGAUUUGUAGGUUAAUUUGUUUUAUUGAAUUGUUUUUUUAUUUUCUAAUUUUUUGGCAUUGUGUCAUUUAAUCAGAACAAGACACCAUACAUGUUUUAUCCUUGCCUAUAUUUGCAUAUCCAUACAAAACGGAAAGAGAACAAAAGAGAUAAAAAGAACACAGGAAAGAAUGUAAAGAGAGGAAAAAGGAAGCAAAAAAGAGAAAAAAUGCAAUUUUAAAAGUGCUAGAAAUGAGAACUAAGAAAGCAUCUGGGCAGUGUAAUCACCAUUUUGUUGUACAAGGCACAAACCAACAGGUCCUCCUGAAACAGAGAUAUCAGACUGCAAAUAACUCCUGAAAUUUUUCUAUUUUUACUGUAUUCUUUCCCUAAGUUACCUCACUUUGUUUUGUCAGCUGAAAUUAAACCCAGAUAUGUUAGUUUGUAUUUACACUGCUAUAGAGAAGUAGAUGAGAAUGGAUAAUUUAUAAAGGAAAGAGGUGGCUAGGUACGGUGGCUCACGCCUGUAAUCCCAACAUUUUGGGAGGCCGAGGUGGGUGAGUCACAAGGUCAGGAGUUCGAGACCAGCCUGGCCAACAUGGUGAAACCCCAUCUCUACUAAAAAUACAAAAAUUAGCCGGGUAUGGUGGCUGGCGCCUGUGAUCCCAGCUACUCAGGAGGCUGAGGCAGGAGAAUCACUUGGAUCCAGGAGGAGGAGGUUGCAGUGAGCCAAUAUCUCCAGAACAGCAUGGGGGAACUGCCUUCAUGAUCUAAUAAGCACCCAUGAGUUCCCUCCCCAAACAUGGGGAUUACAAUUCAAGAUGAAAUUUGGGUGGAUACACAAAGCCAGACCAUAUUAUUCCACCUUUGAUCACUCCCAAAACACGUGUUUCUCACAUUCCAAAACACAACUAUGCCUUCCCAACAGAUCCCCAAAGUCAACUCAUUUCAGCAUUAACCCAAAAAGUCUAAGUCCAUAGUCUCAUCUGAGAUAAGGCAAGUCCCUUCCUCAUAUGAGCCUGUGAAAUCAAAAAGCAGGGCUGGGCGCGGUGGCUCAUGCUUGUAAUCCCAGCGAUUUGGGAGGCCGAGGCGGGCAGAUCACGAGGUCAGGAGAUCGAGACCACGGUGAAACCCUGUCUCUACUAAAAAUACAAAAAAAAUUAGCUGGACGUGGUGGCGGGUGCCUGUAGUCCCAGCUACUCGGAGAGGCUGAGGCAGGAGAAUGGCGUGAACCCAGGAGGCGGAGCUUGCAGUGAGCCGAGAUCGCGCCACUGCACUCCAGCCUGGGUGACAGAGCGAGACUGCGUCUCAAAAAAAAAAAAAAAAAAAUCAAAAAGCAAGUUAGCUACUUCCAAGAUAUAAUGGGAGUAUAGGUAUUGGGUAAAUACACCCAUUUCAAAUGGGAGAAAUUGGCCAAAACAAAGCGGCUGCAGGCCCCACUGAAGUCCAAAAUUCAAUAGGGUAGUCAUUAAACCUUAAAGUGAUCUCCUUUGACUCCAUGUCUCAUAUUUAACUCACACUGAUGCAAAAAAGUGAGCUUUCACAGCCUUGGGCAGCUUCACCUCUGUGGCUUUGCAGGGUAGUCUCCCAGCUGCUUCACAGUCUGGUAUUGAGUGUCUGUGGCUUUUCUAGGCACACAAUGCAAGCUGACAGUGGAUCUACCAUUCUGGGGUCUGGAGGACUUUGCCCUCUUCUCACAGCUUCAGUAGGCAGGGCCCCAGUGGGGACUGUGUGUAGGCCUCAGCUCCACAUUUUUUUCUGCACUGGCCUAGCAGAGAUUCUCCAUGAAGGCUCUGCCCCUGCAGCAAACUUCUGCUUGGAUAUCCAGGCAUUUCCACACAUCCUCUGAAAUCUAAACAGAGGCUUCUAAACUUCAAUUCUUCUGUGUGCCUACAGGACCAAAACCAUGAGGAAAAUGCUAAGGCUUGGAUCUUACAUCUGAAGCAAUGGCUCCAGCUGUACCUUGGCCCCUUUUAGCCAUGGCUGGAGUGACUGGAAUCCAGGGAACCAAGUCCUGAGACUGCACACAGCAGGGUUUCCUAGGCCCAGCCCAUGAAAUAUUUUUUGCCUCUUAGGCCUCCAGGCCUGUGAGAGGAGGGGAUGCCACAAAGGUCUGUAACAUACCCUGAAGGCGUUUUCCCCAUUGUCUUGGUGAUGAACAUUUGCUCCUCAAUUCUGCAGCCAAUUUUUUCUGAGAAAAUGGGUCUUUCUUUUCUACCACAUCAUUAGGCUGCGAAUUGUCUAAACUUUUCUGCUUUGUCAACUUUUGGAUGUUUUGCUGCUUAAUUUCUUUUGCCAGAUACCAUAAAUAUAUCUCUCAAGUUCAACCUUUCACAGAUCUCUAGGACAGGAGCAAAAUGCCACCAGUCUCUUUGCUAAAGCAUAGCAAGGGUCACCUUUAUUCCAGUUCCCAAUAAGUUCCUCACCUCCAUGUGAGACCAUCUCAGCCUGGACUUCAUUGUCCAUCACUACCAGCAUUUUGGUCAAAGUGACUCAACAAGUUUCUAGGGAGUCCAAACUUUCCCACAUCUUUCCUUCUGAGCCCUCCAAACUUCCAGCUAGUUCCAAAGUCACUUCCACAUUGAGUAUCCUUACAGCAGUGCCCCACUGUGUCAGUACAAUUUACUGAUCAGUUUGUUUUCAUGCUGCUCUGAAGAAAUACCUGAGACUAAUUUGGAAGAAAAAAGGUUUAAUUGACUCACAGUUCUGCAUGGCUGCUAAGACAUCAGGAAUCUUACAAUCAUGGUGGAAGGGGAACCAAACACAUCCUACUUUACAUGGUGGCAGGAGAGAGAAGUGUCAUGCAAAGGGAAGAAAAGCUUUUUAUAAACCAUCAGAUCUCGUGGGAACUCACUAUCAUGAGAAUAGCAUAAGGGAAUUAACAACAUGAUCUAAUCACCUAUGAUAUCCCUCCCCGAAAAUGUAGGGAUUACAAUUUGAAUUAAAACUGAAAAUGAGAUUUGGCUGGGGACACAGAGCCAGACCAUAUCAUCAGAUCUCUAACAAUAUUUUACUUUGUUAUUAUAAUCCAGGUCCAAAUAAUAAAAAUAAAAGUAUUUUCUAGUCGUGGUUGCUUUAUUUCUAAAGUAGUCUGGGCAGAUUGAUCAAUUGUUAUAUGAAGUUGGGACAGGAAUCAUGUAUUAGCAUUCUGAACAGGGAUCCUGGCCAAGAAGAGAAAUUCUCUAGAAAGGAGCCAGGGGUUCCAUAUAUAAGAAGAACUCUUGGGCAGGUUCAGUGAAAAUCACAAGCAAUUUUACUCUCACCAGAAAGAAUUCUGGCUGGCUGUGUGGACAAAAAGCCCAACUUUGGGGAAUUCAAUCCAAGACCUAUCUACCUUCAAUAUUUUGCUGACCUUUGGAUGGGGUUGUGGUGGUUUUUUGUGUGUUUUUUUGUUUGUUUGUUUUUUUAACAAUCUGGCCACCAUUUUGUAGGGCGACUGUGGUUUGCUGGGGCUCCACUCCAGACCUAGUCACCUUGGAUUUUCCAGUACCUGGAAUUAUCACCAGGGAAGGCUGAAAACCAGCAAAGAUAGCAACCUGCCCUUUCUUCUGGGAUCUCCAUCCUAGGGGGAUACUGACCUGUUCCCUGCCUGAAUGCAUCUGUAGGAGGUGGCUGGAGACCCUGGUUUGGAAGAAAAAGUCUGGCUGUGUUUUGGUAGAGCAUCUGUGCUGUUGAUAGAUGCAGGAGGCAGAUGAGGGAACCUGCCCACGGUCUUGUCUGCACAAGCCCACAGUGAACUGGGGACCCACCAGUGCACUGGGGGAAUGGGAUGGAGCCAAUGGAAAGUUCACACUUUGUGCAGGGGGGAGGAAUAUGAUCUCUUUGGUUCCUCUGUGGUGGCCUGGUGUUCAAGAUUCCCUCUCACUUUGCUGUCAGGUUUUUUUUUUUUCUUCUUUCCCUUUUUACCCAAUAAAUUCUGCUCUUCACCCUUCAGGGUGUCUGCAAGCCUAAUCUUUACUUGGUGUGAUAAGAACUCAGUUUUAGCUGAGCUAAGGAGAAAAUUCUAAAAACUUUUGGUGCCCAGACAUGGGCCUUGAGGAAGGGUAAGAUGCAAACCAAGAAACUUUUUCCCUUUUGCUUCUAAGCCUUUUCAUCGUUGUACUUCUGAGAAUAGAGGAAACUGCACGCCACCCCACCCCAAAAGUUGCAGGUGCACAUGAGAUGGACCAGUGAAUGGUCACUCCCCUGCACCCUCUGGGUUGGGGCCAGAGUGCAUGGCUUGGGCAGUGAGUUAUCUGCCACUUAUCCACAGUUUCUCCCCCUCCUCUGACCAAGGACUCCAGCUCUGUCCAAGCCCUGGAGAAAAUAACCCAUUUGCAUAAGAAUAAAGUUUCUUCCCUCUCCUACACUUAAGUAUUUUUUAUUCAUUUUCUCCACCCUGUCAGCAGUUAAGUUUUAAGUGAGAAGGUCCCCCCACACCCCCACUUUUAGAGAACAUUUUACUAGGCCUCACUGUUUAUAUUCUCUGUAAAAGUUUUAAUUAUAAAAAAAAAAUUGUGAAGUUGGUCUUAAGCUGUAGACAAUCUGGUGUGCUUUGCAGGUCUUCCUGUUUGGUCAGUAGGGAUCUUUGCUGCAGGCCUCCAUUUUGUUUUAUGUCCUUGGGGGCAUGACCUGUAACCACAUGGCAAUAUUUUGCUUUAGCCUCUGCAGUCUGGGUUCAAUCCUGGGUAAAGGAAUGAGUACUUUUGGGUUGAUAUCUGUGUGACUUUUGCCAUUUGGUGAUUAUCUUCCCUUCAUGAACAACUCUUGAGUUUUAUCUUAAACCCUCCUUUUUCUGGGUUUUAGAUUUUGUGGCCAGGCGUGAUGGCUCACAUCUGUAAUUCCAGCACUUUGGGAGAUGGAGGCAGGUGGAUCAUGAGUUCAGGAGUUUGAGACUAGCCUGGCCAAGAUGGUGAAACCCCAUCUGUACUAAAUAUACAAAAAUUAGCCAGGCGUGGUGGUGGGCAUCUGUAAUCCCAUUUACUCAGAGGCUGAGGCAGGAGAAUUGCUUGAACUCAGGAGGCAGAGGUUGCAGUGAGCCAAGAUUGCUGCACUGUAGCCUGGGCAACAGAGCAAGACUCCAUCUCGAAAAAAUAAUAAUAAAAUAGAUUUUGUAAGAACUGCUUACCUCUUUGAAACUCACGGUUAAAUCAUAACCUUAAUUAGUGCUUGUUGGUUUCACCUGUACAGUUACUUUUAGGAAAGUCUGAAAGCCAGAAAUAUUGGCUGCUUGGCACAGCUAAAGCAGGUAAUGAGGAAUUUAAAAGAAUUUUCUUAAAGUACAUUCAGCUUAAUUAAAAGUGCAUAUCCAAAUGUUACACACACACACACACACACAUAUAUAUAUAUAUAUAUCUUUUUUUGUUGUUGUUAAGACUGAGUCUUGCUCUGUAGCCAAGCUGGAGUGCAGUGGUGUGAUCUCAGCUCACUGCAACCUCUCCUUCCUGGGUCUGAGUGACUCUCCUGCCUCACCCUCCUGAGUAGCUGGUACUAGAGGUACACACCACCACACCCAGCUAAUUUUUGUAUUUUUAGUAGAGACAGGGUUUCACCAUGUUGGCCAGGAUGGUCUCAAUCUCUUGACCUCGUGUUCCACCUGCCUCAGCCUCCCAAAGUGCUGGGAUUACAGGCAUGAGCCACCAUGCCUGGCCCAAGUUAUAGGUAUAUUUAAAGGCCCUUUUUUUUUUAUUGGACCUUGUUUUGCUGAAAAAAAUGAUUCUUAUCAGUUGACUGAAUUCUUUUUCUCCAUUUUGUUUUUCCACUCAAUACAUGCAUGAGAGGCCAAUAAUCUAAUUAGGAAAAUGGGAAACAAAACAUCUUAUACCUACGGGAUUCUUUUUUGCCUUUCUGUGUAGUUAUAUGUGCUGUAUCUGUGUAAUGUCUAUUUUUAUAAAGCUCUAAUUGACCUAGAGAAAAACGAGUUCUUGGAUCAAAUGUUUUUUGAAGGGAAGGUAAAAGCUGUGGUACAUUGAAGUUCACAUGACUUUAAUCAUUGAGAAAUAAAAACAGACAGCAAUUAUUGGUCAAAAGCAGAUGUCAAAAUAUACAUUUUUGUUUAGGGUUAAAGGAUUGUUCUGAAUUAGAUAAGAUAAAGCUAAAAGUUUAAACAAGUUAUAAAAAGUUUCUAUAAAAUUCAUCUUGCCAAAUAAAUUUUGUCUAUGAACAUUAAAUUACAAAGGGUAUUAUAUUUUUUUUGGUAAAUUAAGCAUUUAAAUAAUAGCACAACAAGGUACUCUUAAGGCACUAAUCUGCUCUUUAGCAAAAUUUGUAAAGUGUUAUAAAAGGGUUUUACUUUUGUAAAUUUUUUGAAACAAUUGUGGCAAAAUAUAUAACAUGAUAAUUUGGAAUUCUAUUUCAUAACAUCAAGUGUUUUAAACCUCUAACGUUUCUUCCCAAAAUCAAACUUCAGUUUCAAAAUUGUCUUUCCUCAUGCCUGAGGAAUGCUACAGAGGGCCCCUGGAGUAUCCAAAAGAGAGGUAAACCGGAUUAUUUGACAUAUUUAGUUACAUGGGAUUGCCAAUUUUCUUUAGCUUACACAGGUUAUAUUUUGAUAAAUAUUCUGUAGGUUAUAUUUUGAUAAAUGAUACUAAUAUAUGUUCCAAAAUUGUAUGAGAUUUCUAAUAUUCUAAUGUCUGAGUAUAUGCUAUCAAAAUUAAGGUUUUUAUGUUAAGUUAUUGUAAACCACAGAGAUUAUCAAACUUCUUUGUCAAUUGUGUUUCUGACUGUAACUACCCUGGACAUUUUGUUAUUCAAAGACAAUUGUUGUCUUGUUUAGAUCCUUUUCAAGAGAUGGUUUAUAAGAAGCUACAAAACUGUGACAGGUGCUCUCAAAUGCAGGUUUCCAAAUAACUUUGGAGAUCAUGACAUUGAAAUAAAGUAAAACAUACAGGACUCAUGAAGAGCUAAAAUGUUCACAAAUAUCAAGCAGAACAAGAGUUAACUAAAUGGACUGAACUAAUAGAAAACUGAAAUAAUUUUUUUUUACUUAUGCUUGGACCAUUGCUCAUCCUUGUUUUGUUUUUCAGAGUCAAGGAAACUUAUUUUGAGCUAUUUAUAAUGUUUAAUAAUUGAGUAAUAAUAUUAACAAAAUUUGUGAACAAAAUUUGGAGCACAUUUGUCUCUCUCUCUCUGCCUGGCUUCUCUAGAAUUUCAAAACUAGUUGUGAGUGUUCUUAACUUAUGACAAUAUAGUUGUUUGCAUCAAUGCAAUAAGAAUUCAUUUUUCUUUUUCAACAGGAUGCAACUGGAGAAACUGGUUGUUUUGCCAAGUCUUUGACUAGAAGGGUACAUUUCCCUUUAAGGAGUUAAGCUUGACUUGCAGAGCUGAUAAAAGCCUCUUGGAAAAACUGGCCUUAUACCUUGUUACACAGGUUCCUAACCUGCAGUGAGUAAAGAAUGUCACUUUCCAACAGGCCCAGGAACCACAUGCUCUUGGGACCUCAAGAACAGAGGAGUUUACCCAACUCACAGAAAAUGAAGUCAUUUGAGGUUUCUGCAUCUUGAUGUGUUAGGCCUUCCCACCUUCUGCUGGUUUUUUGAACAUGUGUGUUGCCCAUGGUGAGAACAUGAUCACUGUGCUUGUGCAUAGAUGCCUUUACUUUACCCUGUCUUCACUUCCCAUGACCUUUCUCUCUGCCUCUUUUCUCUCUCCAUGCCAAAUGAAAAACAGUAAUUUCCUUCAUUGGAGGAAACAAGUAAGAGUCUUAGGAUUUCCAAGGGAAUCCUAGCAUUGUAAAGGUCUUGAGGAAAGAGGCUGCAGGCCCGGCUAGAGGAAGAAAAUCCACUUUGUUUGGAGUGGAGUUCUGCCACACUCAUGUCAGAUGACUUUCACGUUUUAAAGAUAUUUCUUUAUAACACUAAGACAUUCUUUCUAAAAAUUCAAGUGGGCUUGACUAAGCCGAGGGUUCAGAAAAUGGAAUAUGAGACAUGGGCUUUUUGUGGAAAACAAAGAUUGAGAGGGAACUUCCCCAUAGUAAAAGCAAAAUGGGAAGUGCAGGGUGAGACCCUUUUACACAGAGUGGUGGAGAGAAAAUAGAACACUGGAAAGAGUGGCCUAGAUGCAGAGUGGCCUACAGAGAAAGAGCAGCCCUGUUUUUAUUUCUCUGGAGUCUCCAAAUGGAUUAUUCAAGAAGCAUCCUGUGUAAAGAAUUGAGUCAAGGAAAAUAUUCAUAUAACCAGCCUGAGUCAAUGAGGCAGCGAGAGGGUGGUACACACAUUGGUAAUUAUUUCGUACCAGCAACGCUUAUUUCACUGAGGAUAUUUGAACCUUCAAAUCCUCUUCUCUAACAGCCAUUUGCGACCCCAAGAGUUGUGUGGGACUUUUUCUUUUAAAACACCCUCCCUACAUUUCCCAUAUACUCAGUUUAGCUCUCAGAGAAGGAGCUCAAUUAUAAAGACAGUGAAGACUCUUAUCUGAAGUAGUUUUUGGAUGUAAAGGAGAAGAGGGUGACUUCAGCAGGCUUUGUACCAAAAUCAAGCUGAAGGCUUGUUAUGGGUCUUUGUAUCUCUUCUCUCUCCCUCCAGCUGCUGCCUGCCUCUUGCCUCUGUCCCUCAGGGCUCGCUGACUCUGCCUUAGUCCUGGGGCUGACUAUGCAGUGGGCUCCUCACUUGUGGCAGUGUAAUAGCAACAGAAUGUGAUUCUUGGGGUACCCCUUGGGGAGCUGAAGGUAGCUGUAUUGAUGGAUCUGUCUUAGGACUCAGGAGAGAAGAUGCACAGCCCCAUCUUUAUGCACAGCCUCAUUUUCCAGGAGCCAUGACUCAGAGGAAAAGGGUGCUUGGAUUUUGUUGUAGCCAUUUGCUUUGUGGAAAUUAAUGUUUACCAUUUUAUGUAAAAGAUAGAAUAUGCAUUAGGUCUUCCAACUGUUUAUUUUUUAGCUUCCAACUGUAUACGUUUAUAGAUUUUUAAACCAAGAUGCUUUAUAUAUAUUUUUUGUGGAAGUAUAAGUUUUAUGGCACAUGGUUGGUACUGUAAACUUUUUUUCAACUUUAUUUUAGAUUAAGGGGGUACAUAUGCAGGUUUGUUUGAUGUGCAUAUUGUGUGAUGUUGCUGUUUUGGGUAUGAGUGAUCUUGUCACCCAGGUACUGAACAUAGUACUCAACAGUUUUUCAACACUUGCUUUCCCUCCUUCCUACAUCUACUAGUUCCCAGUGUCUAUUGUUGCCAUUUUUAUGUUCAUGAGUACCCAACAUUUAGCUCCCACUUAUAUCUGAGAAAAUUCAGUAUUUGAUUUUCUGUUUCUGAAUAAAUUUCUUUAGAAUAAUAGCCUCCAGCUACUUCCAUGUUGCAGCAAAUAAAAACAUAAUUUUAUUCUUUUUAUGGCUGCACAGUAUUCCAUGGUGUAUAUGUGCCACAUUUCUAAAAUCCAACCUUACACUCAUAGGUUACUACGCUGAUUUCAUGUCUUUGCUAUUGUACAUAGUGCUGCAAUAAACAAGUGAGUGCAUGUGUCUUUUUGGUAGAAUAAUUUUUUUAAAGAUAAAUACCCAGUAAUGGGAUUGCAGGGUAAAAUGGUAGUUCUAAGUUCUUUGAGAAAUCUCCAAACUGCUUUCCACAGUGGCUGAACUGAUUUACAUUCCUACCAGGAGUGUAUAAGUUUUCUGUUUUUCCCACAGUUUCACCAACAUAUGUCUUUUGUUGACUUUUUAACAAUAUGCAUUCUGACUGGUGUGAGAUGAUAGCUCACUGUGGUUUUGAUUCGCAUUGCUCUGAUGAUUAGUGAUGUGGAUCAUAUUUUCACAUUUGUUGGUGCUUGUAAGUUCUCUUUGGAUAAGUAUCUGUUCAUGUUUUUGCACAUUUUUAAACAGGCUUAUUUGUUUUCUGCUUGUUUAAUUGUUUGUGUUUCUUACAGAUUCCAGAAAUUAGCCCUUUAUCAGAUCCAUAGCUUGCAAAUAUUUUCUUUCAUUCUAUAGAUUUUCCGUUUACUCUGUUGAUAGUUUCUUUUGCUGAGCAGAAGCUUUUUAGUUUAAUUAAGUCCCACUUGUUAAUGUUUGUUUUUCCAGAAAUUGCUUUUGGAGACUUAGCCAAAAAUUCUUUCCUGAGGCUAAUGUCAAGAAAUCUAUUUCCUAGGUGGCGUUGUAGAAUUCUUAUAAUUUGAGGUCUUAAAUUUAAAUCCUUAAUUGAUCCCAUGUUAAUUUUUGUAUAUGGCCAAAUGUAUAGAUCUGGUUUUACUCUUCUGCAUAUGAGUAGCUGGUUAUCCCAGCACCAUUUAUUGAAUAGAGAGUGCUUUCUCCAUUGCUUAUUUCACCAGCUUAGUUAAAAAUUAGAUGACUGUAGGUGUGCAGGUUUAUUUCUGAGUGUUGUAUUCUGUUCUAUUGGUCUGUGUGUCUGUUUUUGUACCAGUACCAUGCUAUUUUGGUUACUAUAGCCUUAUAAUAUAUUGGAAGUUAGACAGAGUGAUGUUUCUUGCUUUCAGGCAAAGUUGAUCCUGAGUCCCAGCCAACUGCUUAGUAGCUUUGGGGCAGUUAUAUAAACCUCAUCUGCAAGAAAAGGCAUAAUAAAAUUGAUUGCAUAAAUGACGAAUUUUUUUUGGCCGGGUGUGGUGGCUCACACCUGUAAUCCCAGCACUUUGGGAGGCCAAAGUGGGUGGAUCACCUAAGGUCAGGAGUUCCAGACCAGCCUGGCCAACAUGGGGAAAUACAUCUCUACUAAAAAUAGAAAAAAUUAGCCAGGCAUGGUGGUAUGUGCCUGUAAUCCCAGCUACUCUGGAGGCUGAAGCAGGAGAAUUGCUUGAACCCAGAAGGCAGAGGUUGCAGUGAGCUCAGGUCAUGCCAUUGCACUCCAGCCUUGGUGACAAGAGCAAAACUGCAUCUCAAAAAUAAAAAAGAUAAAUAUUUUAAAAUUUCUUCUUGUAUUCAUGCCCUUGGCAAUGGCUUUUAUAGUGGUUCCCAUCAAGAGACAGAUUCUGCUUCCCAAACCUUGACUCUUUCUUGCCUUAUUUGCACAGGCCAAAGCUGUGCAUAUGACAGUGUGUCCCUUUGGUACCUAGGUUCAAACAGUUUUAGAUGCUUCUGUUUUCUUUUUCAGAACCCUUUCACCUCUAUUACAACAAGCCCAUUUUAGCUUUCUGGAGGAUAAAAUAGCAUGCUGAGAAAAGCCAAAGUGCCUCAGUUUAUAGACAGCUCAUUCCCAGAAGCAGAGCCACCUAAUUCACCAGCAGCUGAGCACUCAUGCCUGAAGGAGCCAAGCUGAGCCCAGAACAGCCUUGCUGAGCCCAGCCUAAAUUUCUAACCACCUCAAUCAUGAGCUAGUAUGUUUUGAGAUUGUUUGUUAUGCAGUUAUAGCUUACUAAUGUAUAUAUCCAUUAAAUACAGGAUGCCAGGACAGAUUGAUUACAAAUAACCUGCAAAUGCUCGGCACCCUGUAAGUAUUGAUUUUCUUUUCCCUUUAUUUAAUAGAUUUGUUGUAAGAUGGUGUUGAGUUACACAGAAGUGAGGCAGGAGAAUAGGGUGUGGAGGCAGGGAACUUAAGGCCAAUUUGUGCUGACUUCCUAAAAGAAAAAACACCAAGGUCUGGGGAAAGGGAACCUAAGACCAGUUAACACCAACUUCCAACAGCUAAACCAAAAGAAAAAGAACCCGUCCCCCCACACCAGAGUGGCAAAGGAUCAAAGGCUACUCUCCCUACAACCCACCCCAUUCCACCACUCCUCAGAUGGAAAAGGAGAGUGCCUUGGAGUGGCCACAGGCUAAGCAUAGGCCACCCCUUCAUCUGCAUAGGAUGUCAAUUCCUCUCGGUUUUUAAUUAGCCACAGACCAAAUCCUUCAUCCAGAUAAGGGUUAGCCAAUAAGGACCCCAAAAGCUGUACUUCAAACCCAGAAAACUUUGUAACCAGGUCCUUGAGCCAUUUGCUUGAGCCCACGCCCACCCUGUGGAAUGCUUUCUCACUUUAAUAAAUUUCUACUUUUGCUGCUUC